AUGAUGAUACGACUGCAUCUUCCAUUGGUUGGACUGUCGCAGUGGUUAACACCACUACCCGGCCAUUUACUGCGUGAAGAGCUAGGCCUCCCCGAGGUCGCAUGCUUCGUAACCGAUUUCGCCCGCGCUGUCCACCAGGCCAACGACGUCAUCCGCUCUGCCCCCCUUGUCGCCCUAGAGAGCUUCCAGAUAAUCGAUCCUAACAAUGAGCUUGUCCGAGGCACGCUACAGCUCUUCGGCCACCAGUUCCUGAUCGCGUCAGUGCGCGUCAAAAACAAACAGCAUCCCAAUGGAUUCUGGACCUAUGUCCGGAUGGACUUCGCAGGUGAUACCCCCGCAGGCGUAGGGCAGUACACAUUCCUCAACGACGACUUCGAGACUCUCCGCAGUGGUGCGAAAGGGCUGGGGAGAUUGAGUGCUGAAAGUCAGCCCACGCAUGCGGGCCCAUCCCUCGAUUCAUUCGCGUCCCUGCUCGAAAUAGUGUACGCAAAAACUCCCCGCUACGACGUCUUCUCGCGAAACUGCAUGUGGCACACGGAGAAUGUCUUAUUCUCUACCGCACGCAAGUUUGCCCAACAUUGGCUUGCCGGUGAUAUUCGUCAAGAGGCGCUAAGAAGAUACACAGCGGGACAGAGCGACGCCGUGACCUGCGCCACAGAGCUCAGCAUCCCAAACCCAGUGCUGCGUUGGUGGGGAGCAACAAGCGUCGGACUUAUGCGAGGAACGCAGGCGUUCUUCACUUCGCAAGCACCAGACCGCAUAAAAAAUCACGAUGAUGAGGUGCGAGGCAUAGUAGAGGCAUGGAAUCUCACUGUGCAAGCUUCUUCUUGA